CUUCCAAUGUAGUAGCAGCAGCAAACACCAAUUCAAAGCUGCUGCUUCACCUCAGCAAAGUUGUGCAAAAUCAACCAUUUUGUGUAUCUAUACACACACACACACGCAUCUAUAUAUAUAUAUAUAUAUAGAGAGAGAGAGAGAGAGAGAGAGAGAAGGUGAUAAGGAUGAUGUUGGUUCGAUCGAUUAGAGGGGCAUUAUCGUCGUUAGUUGUAGUGCAGUGGCGGGCGCCGAGUUAUUCGUCACUGGCAGCAGUAGAAGCUGAGCGAUAUAUAAAGGAAGGGCCGAGAAAUAAUUGGAGCAGAAAUGAAAUCAAGUCCAUUUAUGACUCACCUCUCCUCGAUCUCCUCUUUCAUGGCGCUCAGGUACAUAGACAUUCUCAUAACUUUAGAGAAGUCCAGCAGUGUACUUUGCUGUCUAUUAAGACAGGAGGAUGUAGUGAAGAUUGUUCAUAUUGUCCUCAGUCAUCUAGAUACAACACAGGACUGAAAGCACAGAAACUUAUGAACAAGGAUGCCGUUCUGGAAGCAGCAAGAAAGGCAAAAGAGGGAGGUAGUACUCGUUUUUGUAUGGGUGCUGCAUGGAGGGAUACAAUAGGAAGGAAAACCAAUAUGAACCAGAUCGUCGAGUAUGUCAAGGAAAUAAGGGAAAUGGGAAUGGAGGUUUGCUGCACCUUGGGAAUGCUUGAGAAGCAGCAAGCGUUAGAGCUCAAGAAAGCAGGUCUUACAGCAUACAAUCACAAUCUUGACACCUCAAGAGAGUACUAUCCUAAUAUUAUAACCACAAGAACUUAUGAUGAGCGGCUGGAAACACUGAAGCAUGUGCGUGAAGCAGGAAUUAAUGUUUGUUCAGGUGGAAUAAUAGGGCUCGGUGAGGCUGAAGAGGAUAGAAUUGGUUUGUUGCAUACCCUGGCAACUCUUCCGACUCACCCCGAGAGUGUGCCGAUUAAUGCACUUAUUGCAGUAAAAGGCACACCACUGGAAGACCAGAAGCCAGUGGACAUAUGGGAUAUGAUUCGGAUGAUUUCGACAGCCAGAAUAACAAUGCCAAGCGCAAUGGUUAGGCUUUCUGCAGGAAGAGUUCGGUUUUCUAUCCCCGAGCAGGCUCUUUGUUUCCUUUCUGGUGCAAAUUCCAUCUUUACAGGUGAGAAGUUGUUGACUACACCCAAUAAUGACUAUGAUGCUGAUCAGAAUAUGUUCAAAUUGCUUGGACUUGUACCCAAAGCUCCAAAUUUCUCGGAGGAUGAAAAAGAUUCUGAAGAUGAAAAGAUGGAAGCAUCUGUUUAGUUCAGUCUGAGAUGGCUUGGUAAUCCACCAGGGUCUUCUACCUAUAUGUAUGGCUUCUCUUUUACAAACUUAUUAGUGAAAUUUUACCAUAAACUAAGCUUUGAACGUACCAUGUUGAUGUUAUUUGCUGAUAUUCAUUUAUUUGCCUAUUAGUCGCUAAAAAGUUUCUUUUA